GCGCGUGCUUCAGUGUAUGCGUGUGUGUGUGUGUGUCUGUGCACUGAUGUCUCUGGGCAUAGAAAACCCCUCCCCUCCCCCAUGCUCCUCUAAUGCCAAGCCUCCAUCCCUCCCUCCCUCCUUUUUCCCCUCUCUUCUCAUCUCUCCUUUUCUCCGGUGCUAAUGGUGUGGGCCUGUAGCUGAUGCCGAUCAUCCUGCCAUCGUCACCGAUCCAAAAAAGGGAGGAGGAGACUAUUUUCUUUCAGCUUGUUUUCUUUUCCUGCUUUUUUUCUGAAGUCAUUUCCCGCCUCUUCAUCUCUGACCAGACUAUGCAGCUCCCUGUAAUCGACCCGUGAUUAGAUUUCUUUGGCUUUUUUUCUCUCUCUCUCUCUCUCUCUCUCUCUCGUUCUCCGUGUGCUUUUGGAAGACAGACUCGCAGCCAGGCAGUACCUAGAGGAGAGCCAUGCAGGUGCACACGUCGGAGGUGGCGCGCCUCUACCAGACGGAGUUUAUCCGCAGCGCCCGGGCGGUGGGCGUGCUGUGGGCCGUCUGCACGCUCUGCUUCGCCGUCAUUGAGGUGGUCAUCCUCAUCCAGCCAUCGUGGGUGGGCACGCGGCAGCUCCACUACCGUCCCGGCACCCCACCGCCUCCGGCCGGCACGCUGGGCCUGUUCGAGGUGUGCCUGGAGACGGGCUGGCCCGUGCCCGAGUGCCGUGGCUCGCUGCGCACCCUCACGCCGCUGCCGGCCUUCCAGUCACCGGCCGUGCUCGUGUGCAUCUCACUGACCAUGGUGUGGGCGUCUGUGGGCUGCCUGUGUCUCUUCCGCUUCUGCAACUCCGCCACGGUGUACAAGAUAUGCGCCUGGCUACAGCUCACUGCAGGCUUCUGUCUGGCUCUGGCCUGUGUGCUGUUCCCGGACUCUUGGGAGAGUGCCGAGAUGCGUGCCCUCUGCGGGGAGAGCGUGAGCAGCUUCUCCCCCGGAAACUGCACCGUGCACUGGGCAUACGUGCUGGCCAUGCUGGGCAUCCUGGAUGCCGCCAUACUGGCCACGCUCGCCUUUGUGCUGGGAAAUCGACAGGAUGCCCUCCUGCCCGACGAUGCAAAGGAUGUUACAGGAUUACUUCUGUCACCAUAGACCACAGUUUGAGCCAAGGACAAUCAGUGUGCCAAAAGGUAAGCUUUUGAUCACUGUCCUUCCUUCACCUUCACACUACAAUCCCCUCAUUUCAUUACCAAGGAAGGAAGAAGAGGAGGAAAAAAACAGCGAAGGAGGCGUGCCCCGCCGUUACAUCAUUGUCCACGUGCCCCAAUUACAUAAUCUCUCUGCAUAGAAACGGUCACCUAGCAACUGUAUCCGAGCCGAGUGGCGAUGGAGGACAUGUGCUGUGGUUGAUCUUGUUCUGCAGUGGCUAUGGAGGGGAGUGGGGGAGAGUGGAGGAGAGAGGAGACAGCCACUGAUGUUCUACCCUGAUUCAGUUCGUCUUCAUAAAGGAAGGCAUUUGCUUUUUGUUUUAAGGUAGCUCCAACUUCACACAGAGAAAACCAUAAACAUGUUGCAAAACAUGGUCUGAGAUGCAAGUGUUUAGUAUGUUUAUGAAACUCAGUUAGCGUAUCAUACAUGUUUAAUCCUCAUCAAUGCAAUAAGUAGUGCUGUUGAAGUGAGGUGAGAACUGGGGUCGACCCUAAUGCCUGUUACGUCUUUGUCAUGUUAAAUCGUGCUAAAAAAAUACUACUAGUCAGCAGUAUUGUUUAUGGCAGUAUUGUAUGUUUGAAUGUUUUUACAGUAUGUUACUGUGCAUGUUCAUCGGUUUGCCAUCUGAAUGUCAUGAGCCGUAAAAUGGAUAUUAUUUUGUAGAUUUUUAGACACUUUGUAAAGACUUACACGAAGAACAUACAUGGAUAGAAAGGAAUUAUUGAGAGUUGUGCUUAGGGAAAAUGUUACAAUAAAUGGUCUGAAGAUACUCAAAAAUAUUACAUUCCCUUAUACAUUUAGGAGGUCAUAUCAAAAUCUGUUUAUUAAAGAACAAAGCACUUUUUUUAGUUAAUUUUUUAUUUUCAUAUUGAUUGCCUGCAAAAAAGGAUAUUGUGAAUUAUACAAACUAUAUUUUUGCAGAAACCUUUAAGCUAAAAGUUCAGUGAAUUUACACAGAAUUUAUUAUAACCUUCACCAAUCCUGCUGUAGGACAAGUGUGCAGAUAUGUAUUUUUGUAUCAGUUUUUAGACUACACAAAUAUCGAACAAAGCCACAUUAAGAGGAGACAGCAAAAAUUGAUCUACAGAUAUUGAUCAAUGAACUCAAGAUUCGUGGGCAAGACGAGAUAUUUCUAGAGGUUGCACAUCCAGUGAGGGGAGAAGCACUGACAUUUUUUUUUUAAUUUUAUAUAUUUUUUUUAGCUGAGGCCAUUUGGGCAAGCUGGCAUUACGGUAGCAAGUCAGGAUAGAGUAGACGUGUGUUGCACGCAUCAAGCUGGAUAUAUGUAAGCCCAUACCCUUUAGCCAAAGAGACGAGAGAAGGAAAAAUGCAUAAGGAAUUCACUGCCUGCAUUAGACAUGUUUUAGACAGCUGUUCUGUUGUCAAAGAUACAUUUGGUGUGAUCAUUUUGAGUCUUUGCUCUGACGUCCAUCAUAAUCUUUGUGCUCACCUUAACUGUGAAUAUGUAGAUCUUGUGCCUGCCAACUAAGAUGUCUAUGCCUUCAUCUCUUAGUACAAGACCAUUAGACUAUUUUAGACUGUGGGAGUACAAGACCAUUAGACUAUUUUAGGGAGUCAAAAGUUGGAAACUUGUCGAUGUCUUUAUUGUGUUAACUCAGUAACUUUACUGUUUGUGUACUGUUUGAGGAAAAUUCUCCUCUUUAAAAUCUAAGUGCCAAUUGUGUUAUAUCCGCACUGUAAACAAUAAAUAUGUUUCUGUGA